GCAGGCUGUCUGUAUCAGGGCCAGGAGUACCCGGACGGCUAUGAGUUUGCGGAGGAGAAGGACCCCUGCAGCGUGUGCAGCUGCUACGCGGGGGAGGUCGUCUGCUCGCGGCUGCCGUGCGACGACCACUGCAGACACCCCCACACCCCCGCCGGCCAGUGCUGCGGGGAGUGCGACCGCUGUUCCUACAACAACCUGGUCCUCAUCAAUGGCCAGACCCUCCCCGACCAUAGCAAUCCCUGCUCAGAGUGUACCUGUCAGAGGGGCUCCGUGGUGUGUGUGAAGAGGCAGUGCUCCCCGGCCCUCUGCCCCAUCCCGUCCCAACCCUGUGGCUGCCCCGCCUGUGAAGGUUGUCUGUACCAAGGUGUAAGCUACCUGGAUGGACAGGUUGUGUCUGGAGGCACAGGAGGCUGUCAAGACUGCACAUGCUCAAGGGGUGCGGUGGCGUGCGUUGCGCGGCGGUGCCCGGCCGCGCCGUGCGCCCACCCGGCCCUGGACGGCUGCUCCUGCCCGGUGUGCGGCGGCUGCCGGUUCACCGGGAGGGUCUGCCACAACGGGGAGCGCUUCCCCCACCCCGCCGACCGCUGCCAGCGCUGCUCCUGCCUGAACGGCGAGGUCCUGUGUGUGGCCGCCCCCUGUCCCGCUGUGCCCUGCGGCCGCCCGGUGACCCCCCCGGGGGGGUGCUGUCCCGUCUGCGCGGGGAGCUGCCGCCACGAGGGGGGGGACCACCCGUCGGGCUCCAGCUUCACCCCGUCCCGGGACCCCUGCUCCUCCUGCACCUGCCUGAACGCGCUGGUGUCCUGUCAGAGGAGGCCCUGUCCUCUUCAGUGUUCCCACCCCGUCCCGUCGGAGAGCUGCUGUCCCGCGUGCGACUCCUGCCUCUACCAGGGCGGCGUGCACGCCCACGGGCACACCUUCGGCUCCUCCUCCGACCCCUGCCAGCGCUGCACGUGCGUCCAGGGAACGGUGACGUGCGUGCGCGCGCUCUGCCCGCCGGCCCCCUGCCCCCGACCCGUGACCCCGCCUGGACAGUGCUGCCCCCGGUGCCCAGUGUGUAUGCUGGAUGGACGGGAGUACCAGAACGGACAGCAGUGGACCCUCCAGUCUGACCCCUGCUCCAGGUGCACGUGCCAGGAAGGAGAAGUGCGCUGUGUGUCCCAAGAGUGUCCCAAGCUGCCCUGCAUGCACCAGGUCCAGGACCCAGGGACCUGCUGUCCACGCUGCAGAGGGUGCAUGUACGACGGACGGGAGCACGCAGAGGCCAGCAGCUGGUUCGCUGACUCCGCCUCCUGUAUGAACUGCAUGUGUGUGGGCGGAGUCACCACCUGCUCCCAGAUCCGCUGCAUCUCGCCGUGCGUCAACACCAUCCGGGUGGCCGGCGAGUGCUGCCCCCUGUGCGCCGACUGUCUGUUCGAGGGCAGAGUCUACAGUCCCAGCGACAGUUUCCAUCCUGCGGACGACCCCUGCCAGAUCUGCACCUGUGAGGUGAUGCCAGACGGCGAGCAGCACCUGCGCUGUUACCGUAAGCAGUGCCCCAGUCUGGUGGACUGUCCCGUCAACAACAUCCUGUUCUCUGGACCCGAAUCCUGCUGCCCUGUCUGUGCACAACCGCUCAGUAACUGCACUGCCACCCUGAUCGGUAAUGAAGUCCUGGCUACCGAUGACCCAUGUUUUACCUGUCAAUGCAAGGACCUAACGUGGACGUGUCUCCACCGGAACUGCCCCCCCCUCACCUGCCCCGUCAGUGAGCAGCUCUCCCUGCCCGACUCCUGCUGCCCGGUGUGCGAGGAGUGUGUGAUCGAGGGCCAGGACGCCCGCGUGCCCAGCGGCAGCAGCUGGACCGACAGCGAUGACGACUGCGUCACCUGCACCUGUAACCUCGGACACAUUGAAUGCAGCAUUGAAGAGUGUUUACAUCUGGUGUGUCAGGGAGAACAGAUACCCAUGAAGACGCCCGGGAAGUGUUGUUAUGAAUGCCAAGCCUCGGGGGUGUCGUGCACGUACCAGGGUGCGCUCUACCAGCCCGGGGAGCAGUGGGCGGUGGACGAGUGCACCGGCUGCACGUGCGUGGCCGGAGACGUGCACUGUGGCACCGAGCGCUGCCCCCCCCUCGCCUGCUCUGCAACGGAGAUGCCCGCGGCGGUCCCCGGGGUGUGCUGCCCCCACUGCCUGCCGCGCCCGGCGACCUGCAUCGCCUUCGGGGACCCCCACUACCGCACCUUCGACGGGCGCAUGCUGCACUUCCAGGGCGCGUGCACCUAUGUCCUGGCUCAGGACUGUCAGGGCGGCGACUUCAGAAUCCACGCCACCAACGACGACCGCGGGCGCAAAGGAGUCUCCUGGACCAAGGAGGUCACCGUGUUCAUCGGAGACCUCUCAGUGCAGCUUCUCCAGGACUGGGUCGUCAAGGUGAAUGGCCUAGUGGUGGCUCUUCCCUACCUGAGAGAACCUUACGUCUACGUGGAGCGUCAGACCAACACCAUCCUGCUCAACACCAACAUUGGGAUAAAGGUGCUGUGGAGCGGGCGGUCCCACCUGGAGGUGAGUGUCCCGGGCUCCUACAGGAAGCAGACCUGCGGCCUGUGCGGCGACUUCAACGACUACCCCCAGGACGACCUGCGCAUGCCCGACGGACGCAUCAGCCUAUCAGAGGCCAGCUUCGGGAACAGCUGGCAGGUGACGAACCACAGCCACGCCCUCACCUCCUGCCGCCCCGGCGAGGACGUGGACCCCUGCCGGGAGGCGGGCUACCAGGCCCGCAAGGGCGCCAACGGGCGCUGCAGGGUCCUGAAGUCGGCGGUGUUCAAGCCCUGCCACCGGGUGGUGCCCCCGGAGGCCUGGCAUGGCGCCUGCGUGUACGACCUGUGCGCGUGCGGCGCCAACACCGACGAGUGUCUGUGCGACGCGCUGGAGGCGUACGCGGGCCAGUGCCGCGAGGCGGGGGUGGUGCUGGACUGGAGGAGCCCCGCGCUGUGCGCGGUGGGCUGCCCGGCGGAGAGGGGCUUUGUGUUCGACGAGUGCGGCCCCCCGUGCCCGGUGACCUGCCUCAACGCCGACGUGCCGCUGGGGGUCAUCGAGAGCCACUGCUUCAAGCCCUGCGUCCCGGGGUGCCAGUGUCCCGCCGGGCUGGUGCUGCACAGCAGCCACUGCGUCGCCCCGGACAAGUGCCCCAAGAUCAUCCACGGCAACGCCGCCCGGCCCCCCGGCGCCCUGUGACCCCGCCGGGCCCCCGCGGCGCUCGCCACAGCCCCCCGGCGCCCUGUGACCCCGCCGGGCCCCCGCGGCGCUCGCCACCGCCCCCCGGCUGGGUUUGGAUGGGUCCAGCGGCACCUUGUACAGUGGACUGAACCAAACCAAACUGCAAGAGAUGCUCACUUAUCACCGCGCUAUAUCCCGUGAUGCACUGCCCAGUUUCACCGCCGUCGUGUUCUUCUCACAGAGAUGGUCCGCGACAGACGGCGUCACGGCGGUACGUGGUCAGUGUCUCGAUUCCCCGUAUUACCUGCCCUACUUGUACUCUAGUAAGAGAUCGAGGGAGCAGUGAGCCCAUCCAAGUACAGCCUCCAACUGCACUGGGAGAUACUUCUCAACUUUUCUAUUCUAUACAGACACAUUAUUAAUCGCUGUAUAAUAUAUAUAUAUAUACAUAUAUAUAUAUAUAUAUAUAUAUAUAUAUAUAUAUGUAUAUCUCUGCCUAACACACCUCACACCUGACCCCUUAAGGACUGCAGCCUUCCAUUGGGUUCCAGAGGCAUAAUGUCUAAAACCAAAGAACCACUGUAUUAUGGACCUCUGAACUAGGAUUACAUUCUCCGGGGGAGAAUAUUUUAUCAUAUUUUAUCCAUGCCGUUAUUCAUCGUCUGUGAUUAUCUUCGAUCAUAAUUAUUUAUGACCGGCUCUUUUGUGAUUUUUAACUUUUCUUUACUAAGUGUUGGGACACAAUGUUAAUUUGUAUUUUAUUUUACUUUUUUUGUUUUUAUACUACUUUAUACUACUUCAAGAGGAAACUAGGCUCAUGGGUUGUGAAUAUCAUAACACCAAGGCGAGGCGCAUUUACGGAUUUGUUUCCCAAUCAUAUUACACUUUUAAUAUCCUAAAAAUCAGGAGAGACUUCAUCACGGUACAAGAGCUGUGAGGUGAGUAACUGAAAGAACUACAAAAUAAUAACUAACUACAUUUCUGCUGAAAGUGAAAAACACUGUAUAAGUGGCUUUUGCGCUAGUUACUGCUUCGAAUUGGAGCCUGCAGGGGGGGCUAAAGCUCCUUUGCAGAAGCCUGAUCACGGUGUUUAUGAUGGGGAACAUGAGAAAAAUGGACAGAUGGAAGAAAUGUAAUAUCCGUCGUAUGUUGAACAAGGAAGCUGCAUACGAAUUAAGAGAAUAAUUAUUUAACCUAUCUUUAACUGAGUUAAGUAUUGUUUUAUUUGCUCCACUCACUGGACAUCCUUUUUAAUGUUUAAUUUUGUUUUAAAACAUGUAGUAGAAUAUAAGCAAACAUGCAUUCAAAUGCCAAAUGUCGCACUGAGCAGAGACUAUAUGUAUAUCUCACAUUUUCAACCUCAAUCACAUCCCCUCCAAUUGUGGUGGUAGCUCAUCGAUUGUUUAUGUGAACACUGAGAACCGAUACUGUACACUAUGCAACAUAACACGGUGAUACUGCUUAUUGCUGUUGAAUCGUAUAAAUAUUAAAAGCUAAAUAUCAUUGUGGAAUAA